CCCUGCGCUGCCCUGCGCGCCCGCUCCGGCGCCGACUUCCUCUGCAGGCGGCCCGCGGCGGGAGGCCGGACAUGAGCCGCGCUGCGCUGCGCGCCCUGCGGCUGUGCCGCGCCCGCCCGCCCCUUCUACCUCUUCUGGCCUCAGGGGCACUCCAAAGGCAGCCCUGUCUGGCAUACAGCACCAAGGAGGAGAGGCCUGUUGGGCGGUACCCCGUACCCAACAAGAAGGACAUGCCAUAUGACAUCGUGGAGCUCAUGGAGGAAGUGGAGAUGAAGACUGGAUUCCUGCCCAAUGUGUUCAAAGCUAUGUCCCACAGGCCUGCUGAAUUCAGAGCUUUUUUUGCUUACUACAAUGCCAUUAUGAACAAAGACACAGGACAACUCAGCAAGGCAGACAAAGAACUCAUAAUUGUGGCUACAAGCAGUGUGAACAGAUGUCCCUACUGUGUGAUUGCACAUGGAGCACUUCAUCGGAUCUACUCCAAGCAGCCUGCACUGGCUGACCAGGUCACUGUGAACUGGAAGCUGGCUGACCUGAGUGACCGGGAACUGGCAAUGCUGGAGUUUGCUCUUGCGGUCUGUCAAGCCAAUAACAUCACUGAAGAGCAUUUCCAGAAGCUGGAGAGGCACGGGUUUGACCGUGAAGAUGCGUGGGACAUUGGCAUGAUUUCAGCUUUCUUCGCCAUGUCCAAUCGCAUAGCCCACUUCGUUGACCUGCGUCCAAACAAGGAAUUCUACACUAUGGGCAGGAUGCCACGUGGGGAGAAGGAGGAAACCGAAUGUGCCUAAUGUGGCGGUCUGAUGCCUCUCUAUGUGAAUGAUUGAUCAAGCUCUUAAAUCUCAAGCUCAGGUGCCUUAUUUCUGCAUGUGUGGAAGGAUCAAAAGGGAAAGCCAGGCUGUAGGGAUGAGGGUUGGUGGAGCUCCCUUGUCCUUGUCAGUCACAGAAUGAUUUUGGUUGGAAGGAACCUUUAAAGGUCUAGUCCAACCCUCCUGCAGUGAGGAGAAGCAUCUUUCAUUUACUCAUCCAUUGUGACCUGGAAUGCUUCCAGGGAUGAUGCAUAUAUUACCUCUGGGAAACCUGUGUCAGUGUUUUGCCAGCCUCAUAGUAAAGCAUUUAUUCCUUCCA